UGGUUUCAUCUGCGCAGAGAUGUGGCUGUUAAACUCAUCUGGGUGGCCGUGGUUGGAGACUGGCUGAACCUCGUCCUAAAGUGGGUGCUGUUUGGUGAGAGGCCUUACUGGUGGGUGCAUGAAACUAAGUUUUAUGGCUCAAUGAAACAUCCCGAACUGCAACAGUUCUCCAUGACAUGUGAAACUGGACCAGACUUGUACAGUUGAUGCUGUGGAUGUUUCUGGGUUUGGUAGAGUUGCUGGUUUGCAUGUCUAGAGUGUAUCUGGCCGCUCAUUUCCCACACCAAGUAAUCUGUGGAGUUAUUUCAGGUAUAAUUGUAGCAGAAACCUUCUCCAGAGUGCAGUGGAUCUAUAGUGCGAGUCUGAAGAAGUACUUCAGCAUCACGCUGUUCCUGCUGUCAUUCGCUGUGGGCUUUUAUGUGCUCCUGAAGGCUCUUGGUGUGGAUCUGCUCUGGACUCUUGAGAAAGCCCAGAAAUGGUGCAUAAAUCCAGCCUGGGUUUUAAUGGACGCCACACCGUUCGCCAGCCUGCUGAGGAACAUGGGCACCCUUUUCGGCCUGGGUCUCGGCCUUCAUUUGUCUCACUACGAUCCAGGAAGUAGUAAGAAACACACUUGCAUUUGUUUCAGGAUUGGAUGUAUUGGUGUAUCACUGGUUUUGCUGCAGCUUCUGGAUAAGAUGACAUUUUCCUCCAGCAGCCAGUUAUUUUAUCUUCUGUCGUUCUGUAAAAGCGCUGUGGCUUUGCUGCUUCCCACUGCACUUGUUCCUGGAAUCAUGUACUGGAUUACACAAAAAAGCAAGCAUGAGAAGGACAUGUAGUGGAUAUAUUUGUGCAAAACUUGCCAUUCAAAACUAAUUUCAGGUCAAAUUCAAUGGUUGAAGCUAACUAAAAUACCUCAGGUACACAACGGGUGGCUACAAAAUGUCAUAAAAACUCUAAUUAAAGCUCAUCAAAUAGUCUCAUUUUUAUUUAAAAACAAAUCUUUCAGAAACUUUUAGAAAUUUUCUUACUCUAUAUUUUUGACAUGAUUUAUUUACCCAAGUUCAUCGAAGCAAAAUGCCUGGAAUUUUGCAGAUUUCCAAAAACAGACCUAAUGUAUACAAACAAUUAAAAUAAAAUUUCAGUAAACUUUCGAUAACUUGCAAUGAGUUAGUUACAGAGCUGUGGAGGAAUUUGGAACCACAGAAUUGUGGUAUUUUUAAGGUCAUGCCACAGCAUCUCAAUUGCAUUUAGGUCAGAACUUUGACUAGGCCAUUCCAAAGUCUUCAUUUUGGUUUUCUUUAGCAGUUUAAAUGUGGACUUGCUAGUGUGCUUUGAAUCAUCAACCUGCUGCUGAACCUAAGUUAGCUUCAACUUGAUUCAGCUUAUUACUGACAUGAUUUAUCUACCCAGGUUUAUCAGAACUAAGUGGAUUAAAUUAAGCAGAUUUCCAAAAUCAAACCUAAUUUAUACAUACAAAUAAGAUUAAAUUUAUGAAGAUGGCAUAGAUGACAAUAACUGGUUGAGCCACCCUUAGUAGCAACUACUGCAAUCAAUCAUUUUUGAUAACUUGCAAUGAUUCUGUUACAGAGCUGUGGAGGAAUUUUGUACCACUCAUCUUUGCAGAAUUGCUGAAAUUCAGCCACAUUGGAGGUUUUUCAAGCAAGAAUCGCCUUUUUAAGAUCAUGCAUCUUAAUUGCAUUCAGAUCAGGACUUUGACUAGGCCAUUCCAGUCUUCAUUUUGGUUUUCUUUUUUCUACCCAGGUUUAUCAGAACAAAAUGCCUGAAAUUUUGCAGAUUUCCAAAAACAAACCUAAUGUAGAGAUACAAUUAAGAUUACAUUUAUGAAAAUGGCAUUAAUUACAAUAACUGGUUGAGCCACGCUUAGCAGCAACUACUACAAUCAAGCAUUUUUGAUAAAUUGCAAUGAGCCUGCUACAGCGAUAUAUGGAGGACUUUUUUGACAACUAAUCUUUGCAGAAUUGUUGUAAUUCAGCCACAUUGGAGGCUUUUCGAGCAUGGAUCACCUUUUUAAGGUCAUGCAUCUUAAUUGCAUUCAGGUCAGGACUUUGACUAGGCCACUUCAAAGUGUUCAUUUUGGCUUCCUCUGCCAUUCUGAAGUGGACUUUCUGGUGUGCUUUGAAUCAUUGUCCUGCUGCUAAACCCAAGUUAGCUUCAGCUUGAUUCAGCUUUUUUAUGUGAUUAAUCUACCCAGGUUUAUCAGAACUAAGUGGAUUAAAUUUAGCAGAUUUCCAAAAUCAAACCUAAUGUAUACAUACAAUUAAGAUUAAAUUUAUGAAGAGGGCAUAGAUGACAAUAACUGGUUGAGCCACCCUUAGCAGCAACUACUGCAGUCAAUCAUUUUUGUUAACUUGCAAUGAUUCUGUUACAGAGCUGUGGAGGAAUUUGGGACCACUCAUCUUUGCACAAUUGCUGAAAUUCAGCCACAUUGGAGGUUAUUGGAGCAUGAAUCGCCUUUUUAAGGUCAUGGAUCUUAAUUGCAUUCAGAUCAGGACUUUGACUAGGCCAUUUCAAAGUGUUCAUUUUGGCUUCCUCAGCCAUUCAGAAGUGGACUUUCUUGUGUGCUUUGGAUCAUUGUUUUGCUGCAGAACGCAAGCUUGCUGAAGCAUGAUUCAGCUUUUUUUAUGUGAUUUAUCUACCCAGGACUAAGUGGAUUAAGUUUAGCAGAUUUCCAAAAAUAGACCUAAUGUAUACAUACAAAUAAGAAUAAAUUCAUGAAAAUGG